UCGGUAGCCAAGGGUUGUUUAGCAAUUGAUUAUUGCUCUUUUGCAUCAGCUUGUAAUGGCCUCCAGAGGAACUGGAACGGUGAUUUUUGCAUGUCUCUUAUGGCUUUUCUUCCUCUGCGCCACCAUUGCUUUCUUUCAGCUCCACUUGGUAGACAACGGAACCAACCACUCUUCCUCCCGCGCUGACUUAAUCACAACUCAACAUCAUCUCUCAGAUACCCCUUUGGGACAGGAUUUGGAGGGUGUCACUCACAAGGUCUAUUUUGAUGUAGAGAUCCAUGGGAAAUUAGCGGGUCGCAUAGUCAUGGGUCUUUUUGGGAACACAGUACCAAAAACAGUAGAAAACUUUCGAGCGCUUUGUACAGGAGAGAAAGGAGUGGGAAUAAGUGGGAAGCCUCUUCAUUAUAAAGGGAGCACAUUCCAUAGGAUUAUACCAAGCUUUAUGGUCCAGGGGGGUGAUUUCACCCGUGGUGAUGGAAGAGGUGGAGAAUCAAUCUAUGGUGAUAAGUUUGCCGAUGAAAACUUUGAGUUGAAGCAUACUGGGCCAGGAUACCUAUCCAUGGCAAAUUCUGGAGAAGACACCAACGGAUCCCAGUUUUUCAUAACAACAGUUAAAACCAGCUGGCUGGAUGGACGCCAUGUUGUAUUUGGCAAGGUACUUUCUGGUAUGGACAUAUUGUACAAGAUUGAAGCAGAAGGAAGUGAAGGUGGCUCGCCUAAGAGCAAGGUUAUCAUAUCAGACAGUGGGGAAUUAACUUCAUGACAUGGUUUAUAUAGGUUGAGAUUGAUUCCACCGGUGUAACAAGUCAGCUUUGCCAACCACCAUGAUCCACAAAAUCAGUGUGCAUACUUCAUCACUUAGUAAAGGAAUAAAUUUGCAGAUAUAAAUGUAAUUUAAGUUGUUGCUAGUUUGCUUGUCUACACUGGUCUUGCUACAAGGGAAGGGAUUUUAUUAAGCAUUGUCAGAAUAGGUAAUCAUUUAUACAUUAGGUUGAAGUGUGUUAUCUGAAACUUUUUUAAUUUUUUGUAAUAGGUACGAGGAUAAAUUAUUUAUUCAAGUGGAUCAUUGAUCAUA